AUGGACCCAACAAACGACCAAAAAGAAACACUCCAUUCAUUAUGCGGCCGCAGAAUCGUCCGAAUUGGCAACCACCUCGUCAUUAAGUCAGGCAAUCUCCGCUCCCAGGAAGCCCAAACCCUCCGUUUCAUCGCAGCAAACACCACAAUCCCCGUCCCCAAAGUGCAUGACAUCCACUGGCAAGACGGCCAAAUUGUGUCAUUUGUAAUGGACUACAUGCCCGGCCAGCGCCUCGACGAAGCAUGGGAUACGUUAGAUUCCACCCAGAAACUCUCUAUAGCUGAUGAGCUUCAUUCCUACAUCAACCAACUCCGCAGCCUGAAAGGCGAGUACAUCGGGGCUAUCGAUCACGGCAAGGCGAAAAUCGGACAGAUCGACUCACUCGAAGGCGGCCCCUUUACUUCCGAGGAGGAUUUUAAUGAGUUCAUCCUGAGUGAUAUCGUGCCCUCGGCGCCGGAACUACUGCGCCAUUACGCUAGGUUUGCGCUUAUGGAUGGUCAUAGCAUUGUGUUUACGCAUGGUGACCUCGCGCCGCGGAAUAUUCUGGUCGAUGAGGGGCGUGUUACUGCGCUCUUGGAUUGGGAGUAUGCGGGGUGGUAUCCGGAGUACUGGGAGUAUGUUCAGGCUCUGAGGCAGCUGAGGCCGAUGAAGGAUUGGGACGAGUAUUUGGCGAGGAUUCUGCCUCCGAGGUAUGAGGGAGUAUAUAGGCAUGUCGUUUUUGGGGAGGAUUUUGCGGCAUUAGCUUUGCAGUAUGGGUACCAUGCAACGGUAGGAUAA